AUGGGAACUCAAAGUACAGACGACAUGAAGUCAUUUGACUUAAAAAGUCCAACGGAAGAUACAUCGAUUGUUGACACAAGGACAAAGGAGCAGAAAGCAAUAGACGAUUGGCUUCCUAUCACUUCAUCAAGAAAAGCAAAGUGGUGGUACGCAGCUUUCCACAAUGUCACCGCCAUGGUUGGAGCUGGAGUCCUGAGUCUUCCCUAUGCCAUGUCAAAUCUUGGAUGGGGACCCGGUGUGACUAUACUUAUUCUAUCAUGGGUAAUAACGUUAUACACGCUAUGGCAGAUGGUUGAAAUGCACGAAAUGAUACCUGGAAAACGGUUUGAUAGAUACCAUGAAUUAGGCCAAGAAGCUUUCGGCGAAAAGCUCGGGUUAUACAUCGUGGUGCCCCAACAGUUGAUCUGUGAAGUGGGUGUGAACGUCGUAUACAUGGUCACAGGAGGGACUUCUCUAAAGAAGUUCCACGAAACCGUUUGUGAAGGCUGUGUGAAGAUCAAAACGACAUACUUCAUUAUGAUCUUCGCUUCUGUUCAUUUCAUAUUGUCGCACCUUCCGAACUUUAACUCCAUUUCCGGGAUCUCAUUGGCUGCUGCUGUGAUGUCUUUAACUUACUCCACAAUUGCGUGGACAGCUUCUAUCCACAAGGGCAUGCAACAGAACGUAGAGUACGGAUACAAAGCGAAGACACCCGCACAAACAACCUACAACUUUUUGACAGCUUUGGGUGAUGUUGCAUUUGCAUAUGCAGGCCACAACGUUGUUCUCGAGAUCCAGGCAACAAUCCCUUCGACACCCGAGAAGCCUUCCAAGGGACCGAUGUGGAAAGGAGUGGUUGUGGCUUAUAUUGUUGUCGCCUUGUGCUAUUUUCCAGUUGCUUUAAUCGGGUACUAUAUGUUCGGAAAUCAGGUUGCUGAUAACGUCUUGAUCUCACUUGAGAAGCCUAAAUGGCUUAUUGCCGCUGCUAACAUGUUUGUGGUCAUUCAUGUCAUCGGCAGCUAUCAGAUUUACGCAAUGCCAGUUUUCGACAUGUUGGAGACCUUGUUGGUGAAGAAAUUGAAGUUCAAACCAAGCAGGCUCUUGCGUUUUGUAACGCGUAACGUCUAUGUAGCGUUCACAAUGUUUGUUGGCAUUACGUUCCCUUUCUUUGGAGCUCUCCUCGGAUUCUUUGGAGGUUUCGCGUUUGCCCCAACAACUUAUUUCCUCCCAUGCAUAAUGUGGCUUGCCAUCUGCAAGCCAAAGAAGUUCAGUUUGUCUUGGUGCACUAACUGGAUUUGCAUCUUUCUCGGUCUCUGUUUGAUGAUUCUAUCUCCUAUCGGAGGGCUGCAAAAUAUCAUAAAGCAAGCCAAGGAAUAUAAGUUCUACAAAGACUAAUCAUCUUCAGGCAAAGUAAAAAUGGCUUGCUGCAGCAUUUCAGAACAGAGAAAUAAUAGCAUAGAGAACUCCUGCUUGCAAAAUAAAUAAUUUCCAUGUAUAAGACCCUUUCGGCCAACUAACAAGCUGCAAAGGGAAGAUCUUUAGAACCCUAUUUCUCUGUUUGAUUUCCCUUUUUUGUUUCUUUUUCUGUUUAUUUUUCUUU